UCUGAGCAACAACGAUCUUCCCUUGAAUGCUGUUCUCAUUUUGGCAAAGGAAGUCGUCGCGUGUCAAAACGCUACUGAACUGCAUGUCAGGAAGGACACAGUGAUGAUAUAUUUUUCUGGUCCAUCUGGGAAAGUUCCAAGAUCUUUGGAUUUGAGGUGGGAAGAGAAUAAGGAACAUGUAAUUCCAACUAGACGUGUGAAGUUAUGCUUGCAGGAUCACAACCUGUCUUCCCAACAUGCAAAGGAGAUCGUUGCCAUUCUCCAGAGCUGUCCCUGUCUCUCCGAAGUGGAUUUAUCAGGUAACAAGCUUGGAGAUGAAGGCUGCAGUUGUCUGCUGGAAAGCCUGCCUUGGAUAUCGAUUUCAAAGCAGCUGGAUCUCAGUCAAAACUGCCUCUCUGUUAAUGGCAUUUGCAGUCUGUUGAGGUCGGUAAAUACCUGCCAGAAUAUGAUGGAGGUACAAGUCAGCCUUUGUCAUGAGACUGCAGUCCUGAGGUUUACAGAAGACAGAGAGUUUGCUUCCCUUCCUCCUAGGGAAGAGCCUGUGUUCUCUACUGAUAAGAAGGAUGGAGAGGAAAACCAGACACCUACUGCUUCAAAAAAAAUAAGACUGACAGACAGUCAUUUUCAAGCCAGUGACCUGGAGAAGCUGUAUGCAGUCCUGAAGGAAUGUAGCAUCAUCUCUGAGCUGGACCUAUCAAAUAAUUAUCUGGGAGACGAGGGACUUUUGCAGCUGUUUCAGUUCCUCCCGAAUUUGAAAAUGUUAAGUUCUCUCAAGCUUAAUGACAACCAGAUCUCCCUGAACUCUGUGUUUUUCUUAGCUCAGUCCUUAUCUACAUUGGAACACAUUAAAACAAUGAACCUCAGCUUAGGACACAGGCAGGUGGUUCAUCUAACCUUUUGGGAAAGAAUCAGGGUCAGAAGUGCCAGCAGAUGGAGAAGUAGUUUCCUGGAGCAUCCCAAGCAUGUAGCAAAAGGGCGGUGCUUUCGUCUCAGGGACUGCAGAGUGGGUCCAGAGGACGUGACCAGGCUGUGCCAGAUACUGGUUCAAUGUCCCCAGCUGACAGAAAUUGAUCUGUCUGGAAAUUCGUUGAGUGACCAGAGCAUUGAGAGAUUACUGAGCUCCCUGCCAUACCUCUGUCAUCUGACACUACUGAGUAUUAAGAACAACACAUUUUCCCCACGUUGCACUGUCUUAGUCAUCAACUCCAUCAAUCUCUGUGAAUGGAUCAGAAUGGUAGAAGUCCGGUCAAGUGAAAAUGCUUUUUUGCAUUUAGGAGCAAGGAUGCGAAGCCAAAAGACAUCCUGCAGGCUGACGGACUGUGCCAUCGGUCAAGGGCAGAUAGAUGAGCUCUGCAGAGUCCUGGAGCAGCGUGGGUGGCUGGCAGAAGUAGAUCUCUCCCGGAAUCAGCUGGGAGAUGAAGGCCUGAGGUGCCUCUUGGACCACCUGCAUCGAGUGCCCGUCACCUGUUCCCUCAAUCUCAGCCAUAAUAGGAUUUCUCAGGAUGGAGUUCUGCAUCUCAUAAAUGCCUUUGCCAUGUCUGGAAAUACCACUGAAGUUCAAGUCAGUUUGUGCUCCAAAGCAACUUUAAUCAUCAAGUUGACAAGCAGAAAUGACCCGAGAAAGAUUUUGAGACUCGCAGAGUGCAAGUUUCAGCCAGAGCACUUGGAAAAGUUGUGCUUGCUCCUGGAAAAGUGCACUGGUCUGACAGAGUACAUAUCCUCAAAUAACAACGUGACAGUCCAAGCUGCAGAAAGACUUUUGCAUUCGCUGAGGAAAAAUCUGGGUCCUCUGAAAAUCAGCAUAGAAGAGCCAUGGGUAUGUAAAGAAAGUAUCACAAACCUUCUUGAGCUGGCUGUCCAGACCUGUGGAAACAUUACUGAGAUCACGAUAUGUAAGGAUAAAACCCUCUUCCAAUUAGGUGUAAGGUUCCCACACUGCCUGGAGAAGGUGGAAUCAGUUGUUAGCAGAUUGAAUCUGUACAAGCCAGAAAUCAAGAGUGCUUGUUUCUACCAAAGGGUUUAUGAAAAAUGUGCUCAGCUUCAGGAAUUGAGGUGGUCUCAUGUUGAGCUCCACAAUGAUGAAGCAGAAAUGCUAGUCAGGAUUUUGCUACCUCUUCCAGAGCUGAAGAAGUUUGGGCUGACCUCUAGCAGUAUUAUGCCAACUGGAAUUGAUUACUUGAUCACGGGCUUGCAGAAUUGCCAGGCCAUUGAAGAGCUCAACCUGGGCCACAUGAAACUCGGCAGUGCUGCCAUUCCUAAGCUUGUGCUGGGACUUCGUGAAAUGCCAUCUCUGAAAAGGCUUAUCUUGAACCAUAACAGUAUUGGUAAUGAUGGCUGCUCCAGACUCGCAGAAGCCUUGAGGAAUAUGCACUACAUGGAGGAAAUCAAUUUAAGCCACAACAAGAUCGGAGAUCCAGGCCUGAUAAAUCUAGCUGCUGUCCUGCUGGAAAUGCAAAACCUGAAGAGAAUCGACCUUUCAGGGAACAGUCCCAGUCCUGCUGGAGGGGAAAAGCUGAUGGAAGCUCUUGCCUAUUGCAAGCGCAUCGAGGAGCUACUACUAUCAAGGAAUGUUUUUGGAGACAGGACAGCAGUGAAACUUGCCCUCUGUCUGCCUCAUAUGACCAACCUGAAGAUCCUGCACUUGCAGAACAAUAACAUUGGGCCAGCAGGAGGGAUGGAGCUGGCCAGAGCCCUGGUGGCCUGUGGGCUGCUAGAAGAGAUAAGUUUAUCAGAAAAUGACCUUGGGGAAGGAAGUAUCCAUGCCCUGUCGGAGGGGCUGCCGUGCUUUGAACACCUCCGGAAGAUCGACUUGAAACUCUGUGGAAUCACUGAUGAUGCUUCAAAAUCACUUUCUCACAGCUUCCGACAAUGCCUUUCCAUGGAGGAGAUAAUACUGUCUUGGAACACCCUUGGUGACGGAGGAGCCCAAGAGUUGGCCAGUGCUCUCCCAGGGAUGGAAAAGCUGAAGAUGUUAGAUCUGGAGAAAAAUCGCAUUGGCGCCUGUGGGGCCACAAAGCUAGCAGAGGAACUUGCCAGGUGCCCAGAAAUUCAAUUCAUAAGGCUGUGGGACAAUCCAGUGCGCAAGGGCCUCGCUGAGAAUUUGACAAGGCAAGAUCCAAGACUAUGUUUCUCCUUCUACUAG